ACGAUGCCUCGUGUAAAUUUUGAGAACAAAAGAAGCCGAGUUUAAUUUGAAGAAUGCAAUGCUCCUGCAUUUCCUUGCCCUCAAAUUUGAAACUCGGACCUUCCAUCUCCAAAUUCAAGCUAUCAUCAAAUCUUAAAGUGGAAGCCAUUGAUCUUGCUGCAAGAAUUUCACUUCCUUCUCAUGUGAAAGCCAUCACCAGCACCUCCAACCCCUUCGUCAAGCAUUGCGUUAAACUCCGCUUCAGUUCCUCUUAUCGCCACUUCCAUGGCUCCGUCCUCGUCGUCGGCGCUACCCCAAUUAGAGAAAUAUGCAAGUUUCAAGAGUCUCUGCGUGGGAUAAGUUGUACACUGGCGUGCCUACUUCUGCUAGAUGAAGUCGAGGUUCCUGAAGAACUUGUCGAUGUCUCUGUUCGUAUCGUGCGGGUGAGCCCAACUGUGAUGAAAAAGCUUUCUGGAAUGCAAUCGAUAGAAUCAAUUGAUGCAAUUGCCCUCAUGAGAAUACCUGACAGUUUUUGUAGUUUAGAUGGAAACUUAAAACAAGCACAUUCUAAAACAUGGUUUCCAUCUCCACAUCGAAUACUAGUCCUCGAUGGAAUCCAGGACCCAGGCAAUCUUGGUACAUUAAUCAGGUCUGCUUUGGCCUUCAAAUGGAAUGGUGUGUUUCUGCUUCCUGGGUGUUGUGAUCCAUUCAACGAGAAGGCACUCCGAGCCUCACGAGGAGCAUCUUUUCAGCUUCCAAUAGUCUCUGGCACUUGGAAUCAUCUUGAGGCUCUAAAAACUGACUUCCAAAUGAAAAUGUUGGCUGGACAUCCCGAAAGUAAUGAACUGAAGCCUGUAUCGGUCCUUUCACAACAGUUCGCGAAUUCUUCAAAAGAUAUCUCAUUGUGCUUGGUUUUGGGGAGUGAAGGGAGUGGUCUAUCUGAGAAAUCUUGGCAGGUAUGUGAGCUUUUGAGCAUUCCAAUGGUGGGUGGUUUCGAGUCACUCAACGUCUCAGUUGCAGGAGGAAUUUUCUUGUACAUGCUGCAGGCUGAAAACGAUAGACAUAUUUGAUGUACGAUUACCACAACUUGAAUUCAAGUUUAAUGAAACUUGAUUUUAAUUAAUGUGACUUAGACUUUAAUUGGAA